CUCGCUCGAGAGUCCCUCACCCGGCGGCACUGUAGCCGCCGAUGAUCGCCUCUGUUGUCGCCCGUCCCACGGCCGGCCCUUCCUCGCCCGCGGACGAGUACAUCCCUCUCCGGCUGAACGACCGAGAAAGGGCGCUCCUCUGCGUUCUCGAGGGUGCGCUCUCAGUCUCCGAGUACACCGACAGGGUCGACUCGGUCAUGGCGUGGCGCGGCGCGAGGACGGGACGCGCGGUGGAGGAGCUGCAGGAGAUGCUCGCCUACAUGACCGGCCUCGCCGUCGCCGCCUCGCUCAAGGUGAGUCACGAGCCGUGUCUGGAGGCGAACGCGGACGUCUUCCGCGAGGCGUUCGAGGUCGGCCGACGGUUCAAGGGCAUGAACCCGGACAAGAUGCGAGCGUCGUACGGCAAGCUCAUCUACAUGUUGCAGGACGCCACCGCGCCCGACGUCAUCAGAGAGCUGGGGUUCGAUCCGCUCUCGCGCGUGCAGACGGUGCACGCCGAGCUCGCUCUCCUCUCCUGCCUCGACCUGCUGGAGGAGCCGGAGCUGCCUCUCGCCGCCAGCCCCGCCCACUCGGCGGAGGCGGCAGACGCCAAGGCGGCCGCAACGGCGCGGCUGCUCGCGCGCUUCGCCGACGGGGACGCUGAGCGUGCUGUGCGGCUCGAGCGGUGCUUGCUCUCGCUGGCCGACCACGCGUGCCUCGUCGAGGCGCACGUCUCGCCCGUCGACGCGAUGCUGCGGCUGCUGCGGACACACUUCUCGCCCGCCUCGACCAGCGUCGGCCCGGGCGGCGCCGCAAGCGCGUCGCUCCAGAUCACCGCCGGCCGAGGCGGCGCGCGGCUGUCGCACUCGCACGCGUCGCAGUACGCCUACGUCGAGCAGAGUCUGCUGCUGU